CCACAGAAUAACCAAUUUCCUCAAACUCAUCCAACUACUUACAACCGACUCAAGAAACACUUAAAUAUGAAGGUGGCUAUUCUCGUCCUGGCAUUUGUUGCCCUCACAGCCAGUGUGGCUUACACUGCUCCUACUGAGAAUGAAGAUGCUGAAAUUGAGGCAUUUCUGAGCAAACUGAUGGAACAAGAAGAAGCCUCCGAGCAAGACAACCGUGCGGCUCAAAUAGAGUCCUUCCUUGCCCAACUCCAAGAUGAAGAUGAUGACGGCGAGGAAGCAGACCUUCAGGAGUUCUUUGCUCGAGAGCAGAUCCCAGCUAAGGUGCAAGGAUGGAGGCGCGCAGUCAGGAGUGUGGUAAAAGGAGUGAAGAAGUAUGGACCAACAGCAUUAAAGUACGGAAAGAAGUAUGGACCAACAGUACUAAAGUACGGAAAGAAGUACGGACCAGGCGUAGUAAAGGCACUCGGCCGUCGUUAAGCGUCACGCAGUGUUUCAUAGUGGAAACCUGCUGUCGAGAACUGAGAAACUCAUGUAGAAGUAGACUAUAGUUUAGAAGAGUAGAGCUUAGACAUUUUGAUGGAAAAAUUGAAAUGAGAAUUUG